AUGCUCUACGAGUACGAAACGUUACCGAGUGCUCGAUCCAUCCGGAUCUUAACGCUUUGUCCCGCCGAACAGCAUACCGAUGCCAUCGAAUGUAUGAUCGAGACAAUAGAGCUUGAAGAAGCCUCAUACGAUGCUCUAUCUUACAGCUGGGGCAUGAAUGAAGACGGCGACUCUUCACAGGACUACGAAAUAUUCAUUCACGGUAAUCGGAAAUGGGUUACUAGGAAUCUAUUCGAGGGAUUAGAGAGAAUCAGAGUCUGUGAUAAACCUAUACGUAUCUGGAUCGACGCCGUUUGCAUCAAUCAGCAAGAUAAUGUUGAGAGAUCCGUCCAGGUCGCCAUGAUGGCAGAUAUCUAUGCUCGAGCCGAGAAAGUCCUUGUCUGGCUUGGAAACGGUACUGAAGAGAAGGAAGAGCAAGUUACGCUGGAUCUGUUCAAGCGUAUGAAGAAGCGCACGGAACAGGUAGAGCCGUGGAAGGAACCAAACUUGCCAGAUCGAAACUGCUUCGUUCUUCCUCUCCUUAGCGAGGACUCCUUGCUCUGUUCUGGCUGUGUAGCAUACCAGCAGAGUGAAUCUAGCGGUGGUGAUCUCAAUGAAUAUGACGCACAUGUCAACUGGUUGAAAGGGUGUUUCAGAUCCAAUGAUUUCCUUAAGCAAACCGCUGUAGAUAUGACCAAUAUGGCCAUAAAAUUCUUCUCCAGGCGGUACUGGAAGCGCCGGUGGAUACUUCAGGAACUGUUUCUCUCCAAUACACAUUACUGGUACUGGGGCCAGCACGUUCUGGAUACCUCAAAAUUUCCUGAAAAUUGGAUCGCCGACCUUGUUGAUGCAAUCUGGCGAGUUGGGCAUGGGCUUGAGGAAACAUCAACGGAUAUUACUGGACUAGCCAGCGACGACUCCUUCGGCACCCGAACACUGGGGCUCUCAAAAUUGUGCAACUCUCGAAACCACGACAUCAUGGAAGAAUCAACUUGGGAAUGGUUGUUGAGAUUCUUUUACUCAUCAGAGUGCUCUGAACCCAAAGACAUGUAUUAUGCAUUGGCGAGCAUGGCCAUACCCAAAAUCCACAUUGAUUACUCGUUAACGAUUGCCCAAGUCUUUCAGCAAUUCGCCGAGACCAUGCUGGACAAUGGCGCAUGGAUAUGGUUGUUCUAUUGGGCUGCAGAAACCCCGAACAACCAGGAAUCGUUAAGGAUGCCAUCGUGGGUUCCGGAUCCACGCUUGGCGGUCAGCGACGAAGGCGGCGCCGAAGACGUCACCGACGACGAUGGACUGCGGAAACCGUCACCACAGGAAAUAGCUCAUUCUAUGAACACAAUGUGGGAUUACCUAGACGACUGGGACGAAGAUCAUUGCAUCAACGUCUUUCUCGCUCUCGCGACCAUGGCCCCGUCUGCGAUGGCCUUUGAGUGCACACGCGAACAUCUGCAAAGUACAGCAGACUCGUACGUCGACCUAAUGGCAACAGGCCAGCACGACCGAUUCGAGAAUCUCGCCUACUCAAUGGAGUACUUUGAGAACAACCAGACGGCCUCGAUCCUCGGCGGCGUACCAGCCCUCGGACUGACCAUUGACUUCCACCGCUCAAUCCUCGACACAACGCAAUGCAAGACCAUGACCGAGCUCAUCAUCACCGACCCCACACAUCCAUAUGUCAUUCACACCCAAAUGACCCUAGAUACCGAAGGCAACGUAAACCUCAUCGACAGCAUCGUCACCGGCCAAGGCGACUGGGCCUUCAACGCAACAGGCUACCAAUACUGGAACAGCCAAGAAUCCUGGCUUCCCAUCCCGCCAGCCGCACGCGACACGUACAAGGUGGUCAAAGCAGCGGGGGAAGCCUAUGCAGACCGCUGCAACGACAUUACCGUGCAGGUCCCCUGGGGUGUACCCUGCACCCGCCUCGAAGGCGGUGCGUAUACGGGUUACAAAAACCUUUCGGCAAACACGUGCGAUCAGGUGCCGGCACAUGUCCCCAUGACAAAUCGCAAAUCCGGGGAUUGGAGGGAGGUCGUUGCGUCGCCGGCAGAUGAAAUUUGA